GCAUGUGCGUCGGUCGUCAGUGUUAAAUCGUGUACGCGUUUUCGCGGGUAGUGGUGUGUGGCGGCGGUGGGUGGUACUGAUGGUGGUGGUGCACAAAAGCGAACGUUGCCUCGUUGGUCGCGCGCGCGGCUCUCUCCUUCGCGCUCCGGAAUCCGCCGGGGAAGAAACGUUGGCGCGGACGGUGGUGACGCGCGAGAACAUGUGAUUCUGACAGGGUGAGAGAGAGAAAGAGAGAAUAACAGCAGCUCCUGUGACGUUAGUUUUUUUUCUCUGCGUAUUUCGUGCUUCAAGUGUGCGCGACGCGCGGCCGUGGUGUACGUAGCAGCGGCGGUUGACUCGUUUCGUGACGCGUCGCGCCGCUACAGUCGUCGUCGGGGACACGCCGGGUACGCCGGGAUCGUCGCCCCCUCGCACGCGCGCCGAGGGGUAGCUGGCCGCCGGAGGACACGAUGUUCUGAAUUCGGAGCGGCCAGGGGACACCAUACGCAUCAUCAUGGUCGCUAAGCAUUUUGCGGCGCAGGGCUCGAGCCCUGAGUGCGGCGUGCCGGAUAUGACAGUCAUCAGCGAUAUCGACGAGACCGGCAUCAAUCGAAAUCUUCAAGUUCGUUAUAACAGGGACCAGAUAUACACGUACACGGGAUCUAUACUGGUGGCUGUGAACCCUUACAAGGAAGUGGACUACUACACGAAUGAGUACGUGAAUCGAUACCACGGGCAGAAGAUGGGCGCCCUGGAGCCGCACGUGUUUGCUUUGGCAGAGGCGGCGUACUGGUCCCUGCAGGACACGGAGAGCAACCAGUCCUGCGUGAUAUCAGGCGAGAGCGGGGCCGGCAAGACCGAGACCACCAAGUUCAUCCUGCAGUACCUGUGCUCGGUGACCAGCAACGUCGACACGUGGGUGGAGCAGCAGAUCCUCGAGGCGAACACCAUCCUCGAGGCCUUCGGCAACGCGAAGACCGUGAGGAACGACAACAGCUCGCGAUUCGGCAAGUUCAUGCAGGUGUGCUUCGACAGUAAGUGGAUGAUCAAGGGAUGCAUCAUCCAGGACUACCUGCUUGAGCAGAGUCGCAUCACCUUCCAGAGCCCCGGCGAGCGCAAUUACCACGUGUUCUAUCAGCUGGUCGAGGCCGGCACCAGGGACAAGGAAUUCGCCGAACAAUAUAAGUUGCAGCCGGCCGACCACUACAAAUAUCUCAAUCAGUCGGGCUGCGUGAAGAUCGACGGAAUUUCCGACUCCAAGAAACUCGACGCCCUCAGGCUCGCCUUCAAUGUGCUCCAGGUCGCGCCGGAAAUGUGCGAGGGUAUCUUUCGGGUUCUGUCGGCUAUCCUAUGGCUAGGGAACUUGAGUUUCGAGGAUGUCGACGGGGAGAGAUGCGAGCUUUCGAAGGAGGACAGCAACAUAGUCGACACAGUGGCACCGUUGUUGGGCAUGCAGGUGGAGGAUCUCACCAAGGUGGUGUUGAUACGGCAGAUAAACGUGCGCGGCAACAUCACGGAGAUCCCACUGAAAGUGCAGGAAGCCAGGGAAAACAGGCACGCGAUGGCGAAGGCGCUCUACUCGCGCACCUUCGCCUGGCUCAUCAAUCACAUCAACAACUGCACGAACCCGGGCCAGGACAGCUCCCGGUUCCUCGGAGUGCUUGACAUUUUCGGCUUCGAGAACUUCGCGUUGAACAGCUUCGAGCAGCUCUGCAUCAAUUACACGAACGAGAAGCUGCACAAGUUCUUCAACCACUAUGUCUUCGCGCUGGAGCAAGAACUCUAUCGCCAAGAGGAAAUUCAAUAUUCCCACAUCACGUUCACGGACAACACCAUGUGCCUAGAACUGAUCGAGAAGCCCCCGCGAUGUGUUCUUAAAUUACUGACCGAGCAAUGCCAUAUGCCGAAGGGCUCCGACCUAGCCUACCUGACGAACCUGCACGCGGAAUUCGAGAACCAUCCGUGCUACGUGAAGGGAGACGACCGGCGGAAGUGGGAGAAGGAGUUCGGGGUGAAGCAUUACGCCGGUUGUGUGACGUACACCGUCGAGGGCUUCGUCGACAAGAACAGGGACGUGCAGCAGGACGUCUUCUUCGACUUCAUGUCCAGGAGCACCAACGAAUUCGUGCAGGAGAUCACCGUCUACCAGGAUUUACUGGGCUGCACUGUUGGGCGCGCGACCGGCGGCGCCACCACCACCACGAUGUCCCGCGGCACUUCCAAGGGCAAGCCGACCUUGUGCGACUCCUUUCGACAUCAGCUGCAGGCCCUGGUGGACGUGCUGCAGGCCACUACGCCGUGGUACGCGCGUUGCAUCAAGCCGAACAUGGAGAAGACGGCUAACCACUACGACGAGAAACUGGUGUUGGACCAGCUCAAGUACCUCGGCAUGUUGGACAUCAUUCGCAUACGCAAGGAAGGUUUCCCGAUACACAUGUCGUUCCACGACUUCGUCGCGCGAUACUGUUGCCUGGACAAGAAUCGAUUCUCGCUGGUCUGCGACGAGAAGGAGGCGACCAAGCACUUGAUCGCCAGCCAGGGCAUACCGCAGACCGAGUGGCAGAUCGGCCGGACCAAAGUGUUCCUCAGGAACUACGUGCACGAGCCUCUCGAGGAUUCCAGGAACAAAAUGGUGACCAGCAACGCCAUCGUGAUACAGAAGACCUGGAGAGGAUACGUGAAACGACGAGAGUAUAAGCGUGUAAGAGAAGCGGCGCUGAAGGUGCAGCACGCUUACCGGGGCUGGAAGUUGCGGAUAAUGUUCAUCAGGAAGCGCAGAGCCGCCAUCGUGAUCCAGAGUCACCUGCGGGGCGUGUUCGCGAGGGAGGUGGCCGCGGCCCUGCGUGAAAUGAGGCGAGUCGACGAGGAAAUGAGAAAGAGGGAGCGGCUGGAGGAGGAACGAAGACUGAUGGAGGACAAGAAGGCUCUGGAGGAGAGCCAGAGCGCGCAGUACAAUGGUAUUAUCGGGAUGGAAUCCGGGAAGGCUCAGGAAGAGAUCGCCGCGUUGUCGCAGAUGGCCGAGCAGAUGAACUCGAAGAUGGCCGCCACGGAUCUGCAAUCGGUGGAUCUCGACAAUCUGUUCUCCUUCUUGUCGGACGUGCAGUCGACCAAGAGCAAUCAGAUCAUCGACGAGAUCGGCGAGCGGAUGGACGAGCUGGUGGAAGACCUGGACGUCGAGUUGGAGACUGUGAUCCAGCAAGAGAUAGAAUUAAACGCCAAGGCCGAGUCGAAGGUGACGUCUCCCAACGGGCAGCAAGAGCUGUCUCCGCAGCAGCAACGUCUGCCCUGCGCGAACAGCAUGAGCAGCAGCAAGCUCGGCCAGCCCAGCCUGCCGGAGCCGACCGAACCUCCGCCACCGCCGCCGCCCCCGGCACCGCCGCUGAUGAACGGCGGCGACUCCUCGAGCGACAACGGCGAGCCGAUCUACGAGUCGGUGUUGCCGCGCGACGAGAACGAGCCCGGCAGUCCGAUCAGCGCGGGACAGCUGGUGAACGGCGAGUCCAGCGCUUCUUCGCCACCACCCGUGCCGGGCGGCAAGAUGAGCAAGGAGCAGCUCGCCGGCAGUCCUCCGUCCAGGCCGGAGUCUCGCAGCUCCAACGGUCAUCAUCAUCACGCCCAGCAUCAUCAUCAUCACCAGACGGUGCCGCAGGCGCAGCAGAACGGCCACGAUCAGCCGCAGCAGCAACAACAACAGCCGGUCGAGCAGCGCGAGCAGCGGCGCAAGUGCCGGGUGGAGCGCAAGCUGCAGGAGCUCGAGGACAAGAAGGAGCCGGACAACGAGGCGACCAACUACCACGACAUCAUGGAGUUCGCGCAGAACUACUUCAACAGCCACGAACGCUCGCCGGAGGGCACGAUCAUGGCCACGCUGACGAGGAAGUCGCGCGGCAAGAGCGUCGAGUACAUCCCGAAGUACGAGAUGGUCACCUACUACAAGGGGAGCAGCAUCCCGAACUCCCACAUUCACAUGUACGAUCCCGACAACGUGAAUGUCGCCUGCUCCGUAUUCAGGGACUUGUGCAAGUACAUACGCGGCGAGAUGAAGCUGGACCAGGAGAUCCAGACGAUCCAGGGCAUUAUCGCAUACGGGAUCGAGCGCGAGGAGCUGCGCGACGAGAUCUUCGUGCAGUGCAUCCGCCAGGCGACGAACAAUCCCAACGCGGAGUGGGCGGAGCGCGUGUGGCUGCUGCUGUGCUUGGCGAUCGUGGCGUUCCAGCCCAGCAAGCUCCUCUAUAAGUACUUCGUCUCCUUCCUGAAGAAGAAUAUCGCUCUCGAGGGCAAAUUGCGGCAGUACGUGCAGUGGUGCGUAGACAAUUGCAAGAACACGAAGGUCUCCUGCAGGCAGCACCCGCCGUCGACGGUGGAGAUCGCCGCCAUGAGGCGCCUCGGCACCAUAGUCUGUCGGUUCUUCUUCCUGGACGGCAGAACGAAGGCGAUCGAUGUGCACCCGACCGACACGGCCGCCGACGCGGUCGCGAAGCUCGGCGAGAAAUUGGGUCUCCGCUCGUUGGAGGGCUGGGCCAUCUAUCAGAGCAGACCGGACGGAGAGGAACAUGUGCGGGCUCACGAUUACCUGUACGACGUGAUCGCCGCGUGGGAGAUGAAACAGUGCAAAUUGAACACGGCCCAGUCGUCAUUCUCGACCUUGCGACGCGGUAACAACACCACCCUGGGCAGCGGCGACAAUCGCUUCGUCUUCAAGCGACGAUUGUUCCGCAACCCGCGCGAGAUAUCGCAGGAUCCCGUCGAAGUUAACAUGCUCUACGCACAGGCGGUCUACAACGUCGUGAAGUGCGACGACUUCCCGGUGUCCGAGAAAGUGGCUCUGCAAUUGGCCGGCCUGCAGGCGCAGGUGUCUCUGGGCGAUCCCAAGGACAACGACAGGCUUGAUUAUUACAGCGAGGUGGACAGUUUCCUGCCUUACAGGAUCAGCCGGGCACGUGGCGACGACGUCUGGGUGCCGAUCAUCGCCCAAGCGCACCGACAAUACGGCGCCGGACGUAAGGAACUGGCGGCCAAGGUCCUGUAUCUGUCCUGUGUGAUGCAGUAUCCUCUCUACGGCACGACCAUGUUCAACGUGACCUAUCGUGGCUACUGGUCCUACGGCAACCAGCUGAUCCUGGGUAUCAACUGCGACGGUCUCAUGCUGAUCAAGCCGGACGACAAGUUCGUCUUAUCAGAGUACCGUUACCAGGAUGUCGAGAGCAUCAUGCUCGACCCGAGCGACUCUUUCAUCACGCUCUCGCUGCUGCGACACAAUCCCGACAGUUCGCACAAGUGCUUCGUCUUCGAGACUCCGCAGAAGAACGAGAUUGGCAGCCUGAUCGUCAGCUACUGUCCGGCGCUGGCGGGUUGGAUCACGGAGAACGAGGUGCCGACGAAGAAGCUGAAGGGCAUCACCAACGAAGAUCGCAUCAGGCUCUACCACAAUCUGGUCAACUGCCGGCGAACAUUGGUGGACACGGAGCUCCUGAGGAAACCUCAGGACUCCGGCGGCGGUUUCCUGCGCAACACGCUCAGACGACUGUCCAAGCACAGGAUAGAGAAGCUCAGGCAGGAGCACGGGAGCGCCGACCAUGGGGAGACCUACAAGGGCUUCCCUUACGCUUACUGGGCCUUCAGCCGGCAACAGAUACCGCAGAGCUUGGCGAAGCUGCCCGAUCCCGACGAGCAGAUGGCACUGAGCAUCUUUCAGUUGAUCCUGACGUACGCGGGACUCGGUCAGAACGGCGACACGGUGCGCCGUGUCGAGGACGAGCACGUGAAUCUGAUCCAGACCGUGAUGGAGCGCUGCAUACGCAAGGAGAACCUCCUGGGCGAGCUGUACCUUCAAUUGAUCAAGCAAACGACCGACCAUCCGGACCCCAACAGCCGCGUUAAUCUCCGACACUGGGCGUUGCUGUCCCUCGCCUGCUCCGUCAUCCUGCCGCCGCAGAAGGCCAUUCGCAAGUACUUGAUAGCCCACCUGAAGCGCUGCGCCAGCGACUACGUCACCGAGGAGGGCAAGUACGCGAGGUUCGCGGAGAAGUGUCUGUAUAAAACGCAGGGCACCAGGCGACGGCAGUGGCCGCCGAGUCGCGAGGAGAUCAUGUGCACCAUCAAUCGUCGGCCGAUCUACGCGAGAUUCCACUUCAUGGAUGGCCAAUACCACGCCGUCGAGUUUCAUCCGUCCGCGACCGCCAGGGACGUCAUGGAGAUCAUCAAGACCAAGAUAGGACUCGAAGAGACCGCCAUGGGUUAUGCGAUCUACGAGGUGUUAGGACCAACCGAGCGUUCACUGAUCCCGGAGGAGAAGAUAGCCGACGUCAUGUCCAAGUGGGAACGCUUCCGAACGUCGCAGCAGAAUCAGACGCAACGAAAGCACGCUCAUCACUUCUUCCUAUUUAAGAAACAUCUCUUCUUGGACCAAUACAUGAACCUGGACGACCCCGUGGAGAAAGAGCUGCUGUAUCAUCAAGUGCUGCACGACUUGCGAGCCGAUCGGUUCCCCAUCACCGAGAAAGAAGCCAUGAUGCUGACAGCUCUGCAGGCGCAGUUGGAAAUGGGCGACUGCCUCGAGCAGGCCAUAACGGAGCAAGAUUACCGAACCAUAUCGAGCCACUGCCUACCGGCGCGACUGGUGCCGAGCCUGUGCGUGGAGGGUGUGCUCCAGCACCAUCAAUCCCUGCGCGGUAUGACACCGCCUGAAGCGAAGAAGGCCUUCCUGAAUCUGAUUCAGUCGUGGCCGCUGCAUCGCGCGACCAUCUUCGACGUGAUGCAGUCCUUCACCUCGAACUGGCCGCGCGUGCUGUGGCUGGCCGUUGAUCAGCAAGGCCUCCACCUUCUCGAGCACCGCUCCAGAAACGCACUGUGCACCUAUGAAUACAGCAGUAUUCUAAGCUACACCCCCGCCGUUAAUUGCUUGAUGAUCAUCACCGGCACCGACAAGAAGCAGAGCAAGGUCAUCCUCACUACGUCGCAGGCACAUCAGAUAGCGAAUCUGAUUCGCGAGUACAUGGAAGUGCUGCAGUCGCCGCCGGAGAUACCGCGAAGGGACUCGACGAUGGCACAGCAGCUGGCUCAGCAGCACCCGCAACCGCCCGCAACUGUCCUACCGACGUCCGCCGGCGGACGCAAGUCCCGACCAGCUUCGGCGAUGUUGCACAGAGGUGCUCCGGUGAUCCAGUCGCAAGCUAGUUAGAAUGCCAAUUAGGUGACCCGCAUUUCCAGAAACGACGACGACGACGAUUUCCCUUUAACCUGGUACCCUAAGGUUCGAGUUCUCGUCGGGCGCGCACGUUCCAUUGCCAAGUGCCAUAAAUCCCAGAUACGCACAGCGCUACGCAUGCGGUACUGUCUAUUUUAUCAAAAGAGAGAGAGAAAAGAAAUACGCGCGACUAUAUAUAUGAUAUAUAUACAUAUAUAUAUAUACACACAUCUAUUACUGUACACUAACAUUAAUCUUCAAUUACUGAGAACUCCGUCUUAACCCGUGCGACUCAAGUGCUCCCCUCUACAUAUAAUUCUCUUAGCGUUACGUAUUCUGAGAUUCGAGCGCGCGGUAGGUUUCUGAGGUUUCAGUAUCAAGUUGUGGCGAAAAAAAAAA